UCACAGUACCUUGCCCAGCAGAGUUAAAUUUAGCACGCUUCACAAUGUGGGAGACUGUCCCCUCUUCCUCCUGGAGUCCAUUAUGAUGCAGAGCAUCAGCUGCAACUGGGCUGGGCCACUGUCUCAGGGCAGAGAGCAAGUCACACAUCUCCCCAAGCGACCAAGGUGUGCGCAGCACCAACAAGGACCGAAAGAGAUGCCUGCGAGAUAUGGCAAGUACAGGGGUGCUUCACUCCCACUCUGGAAUAUGGAGCGAGUCUCAAUUCCUCACCAUCGCCCUUACCUUUUCAGGCCAGAGGACAAAAAAAGAAGACUUCUGAAUAGUUUCCUCUUGGAAAAGAGAGGCAAAAGAGGUAUUAAAGAACAGAAGGAACACAAACAUGGAGGAAGAUGAUUAUUAUGCAUUUCUUAGCAGCAACACUUCUGAUGAAAGCUACUCAUAUGAAACCUUUUUGGGGUUCAAGCGAAUUUUCCUUGUCUGCAUAUAUUCAUUUGCUUGCAUCUUUGGAGUGACAGGAAACAUUUUGGUUAUCAUAACUUUGGUUUUUUACAAAAAAGUGAAAAUGCUUACAGACAUAUUUUUAGUGAGCCUGGCUAUUGCUGACUUCAGCUUUCUUUGCACACUGCCUUUUUGGGCUUAUUCUGCUGCAGAAGAGUGGAUCUUUUAUACUCUCCCAUGUCAAAUCAUCCUUGGUUUUUACACCUUGAAUCUGUAUGGUUCCAUGUUAACGCUCACCUCUAUAACUAUUGAUAGAUAUUUUGUAAUUGUGCAAGUGACCAAAACUCGUAUCAGUGAACACAAAAGAAAAUUUUGGGGUAUAGUGGUCUGUAUUUCGAUUUGGGUAAUCUCUCUGCUGCUUGCUUUGCCACAGUUCAUCUUCAGUACAGAGAAAAAAUUAGACAAAAAGAUAUGUUUUGCAAAUUAUUCUUCAGAGUUUAUGUUGUUCACAGAAACAAUUCAGAUGACACUUGGAUUCUUCUGUCCUAUGCUCAUCAUGAUUAUAUGCUAUUCAAUCAUUAUAAAAACUUUACUCAGUGCUAAGGGCUUCCAGAAGCACAAAUCCUUACAAAUAAUAUUUGCUAUUGUUGCAACUUUCAUUUUGACACAAAUGCCCUACAAUCUUUUGAAACUCAUGCGGGCCUCAGACCGUAAUAUCAUGCUCAGCUACAGGUUUGAAUAUGCUUUGAUCAUCACAGAAGCAAUUGCUUAUUUCCAUGGUUGCCUCAACCCAGUUCUCUAUGUCUUUAUUGGUGUGAAGUUUAGAAAGAACUUAGCAAAAGUUCUAAAAAGUAAUUGUUGUGUUAAACAUCAAGUUACAAGACAAUGGCAAGCAAAUGAUGAAAACAUCUCCAAAAGUGGUACUGCUACAAAUAAUGCAGAAGAAACCAGCAUGGUUCCCUUAUAAGAGACCUGGGACAUAUACUCAUGAAUAUCUUCAGGCUGAUUUCUAGUUGCUCUGAGUGCUCAUGAAAACAAGCAGUACAUAUUGCACAUUUCUCAAUAUACCUAUUGUCAGAUCCCUAUCAUGAUACUGCCAUUCAAGUGGAGAGGGGACCCCGGAUUCUUUUAGUCACUUACUGUUUCAUCCUGUUUUCCUAUGUAUCCUGUAAUUCCCUAGUUUAUAACUUUUACUUUGGCACCUAUUCUGCCCUGUGCUUUAAUUUACCUUGGGGGAUGUACAAGGGGGGAGGGCUAUCUGUUUUCUCUCAGUUUGGAAGCCUCACAGAAGAAAUGCAUGGGAACGAUUCCAUCUCUCUUUCUCAGGACAACCGUUUCCACAACUUCCUCGCGCCUGUGUAUUGGCUCAUUCAACAUCAAACUGAGGGGAGGGGUUUCUAACCACGUUAUCAUAAUGGAAUUGCCUGGGGGAACUCAAACCCUGCUUUGCAUUGUCUUGCAUUCACUUCCUUUCAAUAAAAGUUUCCUUUUGAAAU